AUGACGUCAGAGAAGCCGCCGUUGCCUGCGGACGGCCAGCGGGACGAAGCUGAAGCAGGUUUAGUGCUCGAGCAGGAGCUCACGAUGGAAACGGCCCGAGACGGCUGGGACAGCAAGGUGGAGUAUUUCCUCGCUCAGGUGGGAUUCAGUGUGGGAUUGGGAAACGUUUGGAGAUUCCCGUACCUCUGCCACCAGAACGGAGGAGGAGCGUUCAUCUUGCUGUAUGUGCUGUUGAUGGGGCUGGUCGGCGUGCCGUUGUUUUUUCUGGAGCUGGCGGCGGGUCAGAGCAUCAGACAAGGCAGCAUCGGCGUCUGGAGGCACAUUUCUCCAAGACUUGUUGGCAUUGGCUACUCCAGCUGUGUGGUGUGUUUCUUUGUAGCUCUGUAUUAUAACGUCAUAAUCGGUUGGAGUAUCUUUUACUUGGGAAGCUCUUUCAAGUAUCCUCUACCUUGGGAAACCUGUCCGACAGAAGGGAACAGCACCGUGAAGGAAUGUGCCGCCAGCUCUCCCACGGCGUAUUUCUGGUACCGUAAAGCUCUGGACAUCACCGAUUCCAUUGACGAAACCGGAGAGUUAAACCUCAUCAUCACUGGAUGUCUGCUGGCCGCUUGGGUCAUCGUCUGUCUGGCCAUGUACAAGGGCAUCAAAUCGACCGGCAAGGUGAUGUAUUUCUCCUCCGUGUUUCCGUACGUGGUGCUGCUGUGUUUCCUGAUCAGAGGCGUGACACUAGACGGGGCGUCCGAGGGCAUUAAAUUCAUGUUUUACCCCAAGCUGGAGAUCUGGGCUGACGUUCAGGUGUGGCGUCAGGCGGCGACUCAGGUGUUCUUCGCUCUGGGUUUGGGUUUCGGUUCUGUGAUCGCGUACUCUUCCUACAACCCGAGGAACAACAACUGCCAUCGAGACGCGUUCACCGUGUCUGGAGUCAACUUCAUGACGUCCGUUCUGGCCACGCUGGUGGUGUUUGCCGUGCUGGGUUUCAGAGCCAAAACUAUCGCCACGGAGUGUGUUAAACGUAACAUGAAAGCCGUGGUUGAAGCGAUGUUCAGCCGUCCUUUCCCUGACCUCAUCAUCAAUGCGUCAGAUGUGGAGGACAUGACGUUGAAUGAGUAUGAGCAAUGGUACAAGACUCACGGCCAGCAGCUAAAUAUGUAUGGUUACAACCUCAGCGCCUGCAGCCUGGAGGAGGAGCUGAAACAGGGUGUGGAGGGAACCGGUCUAGCGUUCAUAGCAUUCACUGAAGCCAUGACUCUGUUUCCUGGGAGUCCGUUCUGGUCAGCGCUGUUCUUCCUCAUGCUGCUCAAUCUGGGUUUGUCCACCAUGUUCGGCACCAUGGCAGGAAUACUGACCCCACUGACGGACACCUUUAAGACCCUGCGUAACCACAAAUUCCUCUUUACAGCGUGCAGCUGUGUGUUGGGCUUUCUGAUCGGUCUCAUGUUCACUCAGCGCUGUGGAAACUAUUUUGUGACCAUGUUUGAUGACUACUCCGCCACACUUCCCCUCAUCAUGGUCGUCAUCUUCCAGACCAUCAGCUUGGCCUGGGUUUAUGGAGCGGACAGGUUUCUGGAGGACCUGAAGCGGAUGUUGGGUCGGCCGGUUCCUGUGGUGUAUAAGUACUUGUGGAAGUACGUGUGUCCGGUUGCAAUGCUGGGGCUCUUGGGUGCCAGUCUGCUAAAGAUGUUCUUGGAGCGUCCCACAUACAUCGCCUGGAACAGAGAAAAGGCAUCUAAGGAAGAUCUGCCUUAUCCGGGCUGGGCUCUUGCUGUCCUGAGCACACUCAUCAUUGUCGCAUUUCUUCCCGUUCCUAUCGGAUUCAUUCAUUCCCUCCUCCUGGAACGGCUCAGCCAGACUCCGGCAGACGCCGAGGCGGGAUAUGUCCCGUGUGCCACCACAGACACAGACCUGACCCCUCUCGACACGCUACCGCCCUCAUCAGGCGACCCCAGCUCAUUUUCCCCUUUGCUUGAGGACAACCAAGACACACGUUUGCAGAACGGUCACAUUGAACACUUCGAAACAAGUGUGUUAUGAGAAGAAGGCAUUUACAAACAUCUGAGAAGGAUCGGUUUAAAUCAAGAGCAUUUUAUGAGCGUACUUUACUGUUAGGAACAAUCAUUUGUAUCUCCGCAUACGUGCACUAAGAUAACAGCUUUUAAACUGUUAGUUCAACCCCAAAAAGAAAAUAGUCAUCAGCGUCACUCUAAACGUCACGGAUAGUCCUCAUGAGUUAUUUAACCGCUUGUUCAGGCUGCUCUUUUCUUGGCUUCUCAAACUCACAUGUUAUAGCUGCUUUGAUGACCAUUUCCUGUUUUCCGAGUGAACUGUUGCUUUAAGCACAGUGUAAUAAUGGUACCUGAGUCUGGACCUGUGUUUGGUGGGUUCAGGUGAGCGAUGAACAACACUAGUUUCCUGUUACAGCGGUCGAAUCAUUUGGUAACUGACAGUCCUGCUGCUUUAGUCACCUGACCAGGUUUUCAUCAUGUUAUGCAUAAAGGUGUUGAUUAUGGGUCUGACCUGUCGGUGUUAUUUGAACUCUACGAUGCUGAACAAGCAUCCAGUGCUUCUUCUCCAUUGACGUCAUUAACCCUUUGAUGCAUGGAAGAAAAUAACAUUCCAAAUAAUCUUUUCUUCCAAAAUGCUAAUUUAGUUUGCAUGGUGCAUCAAUACUUCGUUGUCAUAAAUAAAAACCCAUUGACAUUUCAAGAGGACAGCUGGUUUGACUUGUGUAUAAUAACUACUAGAUAAUGGCUGCUUUAGCAUCAAAGGGUUAAUGUUGGUCCAUUCUGAUGUGUUUACUGUCAAUAUUUAAAUGAGUACAAAAAUACAUAGUGUGCUCAGAAGACGUUUUGAACCAUUAAACGAUCACCCAUAACUGAUUAUUGAAUCCGUUUCGGAUCUACAACAUCUGUGUAUUUUCUGAACAGAAAUGUCUCGAGUCAUAUUUAAUCUUAAAAACAGAUUGAAUUAUGCCAAAUAUUGACAUGGACAUUUCUUUAUUUAUUUUCCGUAACAUUCUACGCUCAUAUUAUUUGAGCACCAGCUACAGCCAUCAUUUGAUUAAUAAGAGAGACAUUUUUAAGCUUGCUUCAGUCGUAGUUUCUCGGACACGUGUGGCAUUUCUUAUGAAGUAUUUCAAGGCAGCAUUUUCAGAACAAUUUUACUGUUUUUGCUAUUAAUUUUAUAUUGUACAGAAUUAUUUUUGUGGCUAUUUGUAAAAUACUCCCCCUCCUUUUUUUUUUUUUUUUUUUUCUAAACAACAUCUCGGACACGUUUUUAAAAGCGAACAUCUGACCCGCUGGCCAGACAUUUUAUGGCUUAUAGUCAUUGUGAAGUCGUGUUAUCUUUGCCUCUCACAGGGGUUUGAUGGGUCUUCUGCGUUUGUUCAGUAGCUUGAACUCUUAAGUAGUUCUGAUCAGUAAUAUAUAUGUGAUGAAAUGAUGUAAUUUAACUCUAUUCCUCAUGUAGAAUACUUGAGAUUGAUUGAGAUUGAUUGUCUUUGUUGUAUAUAUGUUACGGUAUGCUUUCAGUAUUUCCUCCUUUUGCUUCCUGUCAGUCAGAAACCUGAUUCUGAGGUCUUCAGUUUGUGUGGAUGUUGUUUGAGGUCUUUGUACAGUUUGUGUCAUGAUGAUCUUGUUUCUGUAUAAAUGGUUACGAGACCUCCA